AUGAGUCUUUUGAAUCAGGUCUUCUACUUCUUCCACAUCCCCGGAUGGAGGUUUUUGCCUACUCAAACCAAUAGAAAAUUGAAAAGCAAUAAUAGAGAAAUUAUAGAAUUGAUAAAAGGCAUCAUAAAGAAAAGAGAUGAGGCACUAAAGGUUGGAGAAACAAGUUAUGAUGAUCUAUUGGGUUUGUUAGUGGAAUCAAAUCAUAGAGAAAUUCAAAAGCAUGGGAACAAGGAAAGUGGAAUGAGUAUUGAAAAGGUGAUUGAGGAGUGCAAACUUUUUUAUCUUGUUGGACAAGAGACUACAACAAAUUUGAUUGGAUGGACAAUGGUUUUAUUGUGUAUGCAUCAAAAUUGGCAAGAUCGUGCUAGAGAAGAAGUUUUCCAAGUUUUCGAAAACAAAGAGCCACAAUUUGAUGAGUUAAACCGCUUGAAAGAACUAAACAAAAUUCUCCAUGAGACACUGAGACUAUAUCCACUAGUAGCUUUGACUAACAAAGUAACUAUGAAGGAGUACAAAUUAGGAGGAGUCAAGAUACCACCUGGAGUUUUAAUUGCAUUACCAAUAAUUCUAGUUCACCAUGAUGAAGAAUAUUAG